AUGACAUUCCCAGACUCCGUCCGCCCCGUCCACUCCUACCACCGCCCCUCCCGCAGCAAUCUCUCACGCCGGGUACGUUCACACCCCAAGCUCCACCAACUCUAUCCCUCCAUCCCUCUUCCAUUCUCCCCACUAUCCUCGCCAAACUCGUCCGUCCACACCUCGCCCAGCUCUUCUCCUGUUCAUACCACCCACAUCCUCAUCGAGCCCGAGUUCCCUCCUCCUGAUCCUGCCAAGACCACCACCCUUUCGCCCUCCCCGCCACCUCCUCCGCCGCCCCAUCCCAGCUCUGAAGAGGGCAACGGGGCAUGCCGUGACUCCUACAGUAUGGAAGGCCUUGAAGUAGCCGAGCUCCUUCGCGACAUCAACUACCAGCUCCAAGAAGUGCGCUUCGGCCAGGCAUGUCUCACCGACGAAGUGCGUGCCUCUGAUCAACAAUCCCGAAGGUUGAGUGACUUGGAGACUGCUCUUGGAGAGAAAAUCGGACAGGUCAAGUAUAUGGUCAAUGAUCACAUGGAAGGAAACUUUAUCGACAGCGAGCACAUCUACAGGAGGAUUCAAAAGUCGGAGAAGAAGCUGCUUGCGCAGCUGAUGGAUGUGCGAAUGACUAUCGAGGCUAUCCAGGAACAACAGCGAAAUAUGUUGGACGACGACAAUGACGCCGAGAUUGCUGCAUGGGCUUCCCUCUCCAGCCGCUCUCCUCGCCCGUUUGGCCGCCCUACCACUCCGCCCAGCGACGACGAGACUCCCAACGCCUUCACCGUCGAGGACGUCUUGGAGAUGAUCAACAAUGUCGACAGUGUCGUUCAGUGCUUCUUGGCUCAAAAGUCUCCUUCCGAUAACGCUCCUCCGGUGACUGGGAGGGAAAUUCGCAAGCUGAGAGAGACGAUGAACAGGGCAAGCUUGACUUGGCUCAACAUGACGGGGCUGAGCUUGGAAGAUGGUACACGGGGCUCACCUUUUGCCCCUCGCUCCAAAGCAUCGCAAAAGUCUUUCAAGGACGAUUCCCUCAGUACGGCGCUUCGGGAUAUGAGUCGCGCCUCCCAGAGCUCCAUUGGCGCCCCUGCUCUUGCUCGAAAGGUGUCUUUCAGACCUAGCCUUCGCUUCAGCCGAGAGGUAGGACCCUUCGACGAGCACCAGUCCGUCUCCGAGUCUGCCCCAGUCUCUGUCAGCUCGCCUUUCGAGCAUACUUUCCAAGCGACCAUGGCUGCAGUUCCUUCUGCUGCGAGGGUGGCUACCAAGUCUGACGUGUCCUCUACCCAAGACGACUCUGAUGACGAGAAAGGGACAUCUGUCAUCCGAAUCUUCACGUACACCUCGGCACCACCUACUUUGACGAACCUCACUGCUGCGCCAGCUUUCCCUCGUGUCCCAGAGCCUGCAGCCCCUGGGACACCCGAUGAGGUUGCCUAUCCUCGCCUCUCUGAUAUGGAAUACGAGUCUAUGGAGCUCGACGAGUACCAGCAGACGGUCGAUCCGGAUCAUGACCCUAUGCCUGAUGUAGCGCCCACUCCUCCGAUGACCUACUUGCCUCCUCCCAUCAAGCAGCCCCAGCUUGACACUACCCUUCGAUUGCCCGGACUGUCGAAGCGCAAAUCCGCUGUCCUCGUGGGUAACGACGAUGCCGCGACCGAGUGGAGACCUGAGAGUCCCACCAAGAAGAGCAGGGUUGGAUCGACAUCGUUGACGCACGACGAGCCCACGGUAGAGCAGAGUUGGUACGGAAGAGGAGACGCCGAUGUCCGAAACAUGCUGGGUGUCAGUGGCGGGAUCGAUGGUGCUGGUUUGCCUCCUGUAGCUGCCAUCUCCCCGGCUCGCAGGCGGAUCAAGAACUUUCGAAGCAGGUUGGGACUGGGCGGGAGCAAGAAGACCAAGUAG